UCGUUCCAGUUCGAAGAUUCCGCGACAGACGGAAAGUAUAAGUUCGAUUAGAGUCAAAUAAAAAUGGGAAAAACGAGAGGAGUACACGAGACAACGCCAGAAUUGAGAAACCGAAUGGUGGGAAUGUACGAAGCUGGUUUAGGACUGCGAGAAAUUGCGGCAGCUGUAAAUUGUUCGCAACGCACUGUCAAGAGAUGGUUAAAUAGAUUUGACAAGGAAGGCACAGUAGAAACACGAGAGCGAUGUGGACGUAAACGUGCCACUACGGUAGAACAAGAUGAAGCUAUAGUGAAGCUGGCCACACAGACACCAAUAACAGCUGCCAAAGCUGUUCUUCCUGCUUUGGGGCUCACGUGCUCUGUAGAUACUAUCAGAGAAAGGCUACACAAAGCUGGAAUACACAAUUGGAGUCCAUCGCGGAAAUAUAUGCAAAGAAUUACACUUGGUGAUGCUGAUGGUGCUGCUAUUCAACAACCUGUAUGGAGACCUACGGGAACACAGUUGGGAAAGAAAAAGUCUUCCAAAGAUUCUAACAAGAAUGAUACGAUUGGCAACGUUAAGAAAAAGAAUUCGCCAUUUUGUGUUUCGCAACAAAGUGCUGCUCAAUCUCAGGGCUGUAAUAUACAGUCGCAAUCCCAAUCUUUAUCUCCAAGUCAAACGGAGUUUGGUAACCCCUUGAGUUUGGUUCAACAGACGCAACCUGUUUAUCAGCACUCUAGUUUGAAUAUUUCUCAAAGUUGGCCACUCGAUUUAGUGCAAGGAACUCAUCAUUAUCCACAGGCCCAAGCGGAUGCAAUAUCUCACGAACAACUAUUGCCACAGCAGCUUCAAGAACUGCAAACCCGACAAGAGCAACAGCACCAUGCGCAACAAGUACAAUCGACGAUUCCAGACGAAACGCAUAAUCUGGAUCAGCGGCAACGACAACUCGAAGUAGUACGCCGGGUUCAACAGCAACAGCAUCAGGAUAAUUUACAUUCACAACUAGUUAAUUCGCAAAUUAAUUCAAACCUGAAUUCUGACGCUACUAAUUCCUGCAGUUCUCAAGAUAGUAAUCAGUCUUCUAGCGCAGAACCGAAACAGAACAAAGACUCAUCGAGAGAAGGUAUCGAAGAAAGUGACUCGCGGAGAAAGAAAAAGAAAGGCGGGAAAGCGAAAGGAACGUUGGAAACCAGUGUCGAAAUACGAAAUCGAAUGAUCGGCAUGUCCGAGGCAGGCUUGUCCACGUUGUCUAUCGCGCUCGCAAUCGACAGAUCGGAACGUACCGUUAAACGAUGGUUAGAACGUUGGCACAAAGAAGGUAACGUACAGACAAAGGAAAGAAAGGGUCGACGUCGAAUUACAACUAAAGAGCAAGACGAAGCCAUCAUUGCAAUGGCUACUCAGCAACCUUUGACUGCAGCUAAACACGUUGCGCCUGCUCUUGGAUUAAAAUGUAGCGUAGACACGAUCAGGGAAAGGCUUCAUAAAGCUGGUAUUCACAGUUGGAAGCUUGGAAAGAAGCAAGGGGAGGGGAACGCUGUUCAUACGGUUCACCUGUGGCAACCUAGUGGAAACCGACCAAAUAAACCGAAAAUACCCGGUGAGAAGAGAAAAAGGCCAAGUGGUAAUAAAAAACGUGAUCAAUCAAGCAAUACGCAAAAACGAGUAUCCACCAGGAAGAAAAAAAACGAGUCUACCGGAGCAAAGUUGAUUGCACAGCCAACGAAUAUGGUAUCGGAACAAUCUACUGCUUUGCCAUUUCAUAAUUCAACGACAAUGGCAAACUAUGUUCCAGGUCCGAAUAUAAUGCAGCCUGUUCACAAUAUUCCUAUAGCUUCUGCUACGCUCGUUCAGUCGCAACCUCCACCGCCAGGUCCUGCGCCAGCGCUUCAAACGAUGCCGUCGAUGGGUCUUAUGAUGCAACAAAGACCCGAUUGUCGAUUAGCGCCGAAUAUCGUACCACCUGUUUCGGGACAAGGAAAUACCGGAGUUUCUUAUCCAUCUUGCAUGGUUGGAAGCAACAACCACACUGGUCACAGUAUGGAACAACCAGAUCCUUUGAAUUACGAACCAUACAUAUGGAGUUUUUGAACGCUGAACUCUGAA